CGUAGAGAGAAGAAAACGGGGACUGCUACAAAGCACUGGCAAAGAAAGAUAGAGAGAGAGAGACAGAGAGAGAGACCCACCCCACUUACUCUCUCACCUAUUCAUUUUUAUUCUAAUCAAAACUUUCAUUACAAUUUUUUUUUUUAAAAAAAAAAAGGAAGAAUUUCAAAAAUUCAAAAAGAAAGAAAUUUAAAAAAAAAAACAAGUAUUUAAGAAUGGAAAUGGAUCUUUCACAACUCCAACAAGCUCACUCAUGAUUGUAUAGUACAAGAAGGGAAAUGCAGACAUCGGCGAGUGAUGCGGAGAGGAGUAGUAGCAGUAGUAGUUCGAGAAGAUUCGGAAUCCAAAUUCCUGGUUUCAUUCGCUCUCCAUUGACGCUCUUGUUGGAGCAAGCUGGUGUAUACGAAGCUAGGUCGGUUGCUCAAGGACCACACGGCUUCGUGAUCAAUCGGAAUUCGCGGCAUCGUGCCCCACGCGCCGCUGUACAGAUGGAGGUGGAGGAGGAGGAGGAGGAGGAAGGUGAUGUGGUGGUGGAAGAGGAGGUGUCGAUUAGGAUUAUCGGUUCCGCGGAGCAUGAGGUUGAGCGGAAUGGUAUUGACGGAGCUAAUAAUGGCGCGCAGCUAAAUGGAGGUGGAAUCGGAAACGCAGCUUCGAGUUCCGGAAACGAAAGCCGCGAGGAUGAUGGUGAGGACGAUUUUGAUUCUGGAAGCGGAGGUGUCAGUAAUGGCGGCGAUUCUUCGUAUCAAAGAUACGAUAUUCAGCACUUGGCCAGGUGGUUUGAGCAGAUUCUCCCUUUUACUUUGCUUCUUCUUCUUGUCUUCAUUCGUCAACAUUUUCAAGGUUUUUCCGUUACCGUUUGGAUCACUGGUGUCAUGUACAAAUCAAAUGAUAUCUUACGGAAGCAGACGGCUCUGAAGGGGGAGAGAAAAGUUCCUGUUCUUGUGGGCAUCAGUUUAGUGUUCGUGAUCCAUGUCGUUUUCAUUUAUUGGUGGUACAGAAAUGAGGAUCUUCUCUACCCGUUAAUUCUAUUUCCUCCUAAAACUAUACCUCCUUUCUGGCAUGCCAUAUUCAUCAUCAUGGUAAAUGAUAUUAUGGUGCGGCAAGCAGCAAUGGCACUUAAAUGUGUAAUUUUGAUGUACUACAAGAAUAGCAGAGGCCGUGAUAACCAUAAGCAGGGUCAACUGCUAACUCUUGUCGAGUAUCUAUUGUUGUUGUACCGUGCCCUGCUGCCAACACCAGUCUGGUACCAGUUCUUUCUAAAUAAAGAAUAUGGAAGCUUUUUUUCUUCAUUAACUACAGGAUUGUAUUUAACAUUCAAGCUUACACAAGUUGUAGAGAAGGUUCGAUACUUUUUUAUGGCAUUGAGAGCCCUAUCACGUAAGGAAGUGCAUUAUGGAUCUUAUGCAACAACUGAGCAGGUAAAUGCGGCAGGAGAUCUAUGUGCAAUUUGUCAGGAGAAGAUGCAUGCUCCUAUACUGCUUCGCUGUAAACACAUAUUCUGCGAGGAUUGUGUAUCAGAAUGGUUUGAGCGGGAAAGGACUUGCCCACUAUGCAGAGCCUUGGUGAAACCAGCGAGUAUUAAAUCAUAUGGCGAUGGAUCAACAAGCAUAUUCUUCCAGUUAUUCUAAGAUUUCAGUGCUUUGGAAACUAGACUCCUACUUUAACCAAAAAAUCAUUUUGGAGUUGCAGCGCUGGAACUCCCAUUUUGGUCCAAAAGACCCAAAAAAGGAGGUGACAUCUUAUUUCACACACUGGAUGAUGAGAUGGUUCUAUCUCCGCGGUGCUUGCGUUUCCUCACUGAUACUGGCCUUCCGGUGUAUAGCCAAAGAGUUUUAUAUCUAUAUAUGUAUUUAUACCUAAAAUAGUAUCUCCUUGAAUCUAUACACAUAUAUAUACUGAUAUUCUAUAAAGGUUUGUAUAGCAUCCUAAACAGUUGCUGAAACGGAUUAAUUGUGUUUGGUAGAUUAACUGAUGUUUAUUGUAGCAUAUAUAUAUAUAUAGUUGUGCAAACUCUUAUCUUCA